AUGAUGGUUUCUUUUCAUCCCAAAUAUUUCAUCAUCAUCAUCUUCACACUAAUUCUCCAUGGCCAUCUUGGAUUUUCUGACAACACUAGACUCCACGAGGCCGAAGUGGGAGCACUUAAGGAGAUAGGGAAGAAGCUAGGGAAGAAAGACUGGGAUUUUAAGAAAGAUCCAUGUAGUGGUGAAGGCAAUUGGGUUGUAACCACUUACACAACCAAAGAGUUUGAGAGUAAUCUCACUUGUGAUUGCUCCUUUCCUCCUCCUAAUUCAUCUUGCCACAUCAUCAGAAUAGCUCUGAAGUCGCAGAACUUAACAGGCAUUGUCCCUCCAGAGUUCUCCAAGCUUCGUCACCUCAAAGUUUUAGACCUUAGCCGUAACUCUCUGACUGGUUCCAUUCCAAAGGAAUGGGCUUCUAUGCGCUUGGAAGAUUUAUCUUUCAUGGGGAACCGAUUGUCUGGUCCAUUUCCGAAAGUCCUAACCCGCCUUACAACUCUCAGAAACCUGAGCUUGGAAGGAAACCAGUUUUCAGGACAAAUCCCUCCUGAGAUUAAAAAGAUGAUUCAUUUGGAGAGACUUCAUCUUCCUUCAAAUGCCUUCACUGGCUCAUUGCCGGAAGAACUUGGAUUGCUCCAGAACAUGACUGAUAUGAGGAUUAGUGAUAAUAACUUCACUGGACGAAUACCAGACUUCAUCGGCAAUUGGACAAGAAUAAUGAAAUUGCAGAUGCAUGGUUCAGGUUUGGAUGGUCCGAUACCUUCCAGUAUUUCUAGAUUGACUAGCUUGACAGACCUGAGGAUAAGCGACUUAGGAGGCAAAGUUUCUUCCUUCCCUCCGCUGAGUAAUUUGGACUCUAUCAAGUCACUGGUACUGAGGAAAUGCAAUUUAAAUGGCCCACUUCCAAAAUAUAUUGGGCAUUUGAAGAAGCUCAAAACACUUGACCUGAGUUUUAACCUCCUAACUGGUGAGAUUCCGUCGUCGUUUGAUAAUUUGAAGAAAGCCGAUUUUAUUUUUUUGACAGGAAAUAAGCUUACAGGAGCUAUUCCAAGCUCCUUUGUCGAAAAAAACAAAAACGUAGAUGUUUCUUACAACAACUUUACUGAUGCAAGUUCAAUUCCCCCUGGUGGUUGUAACAAAGAUACUUCGAAUCUGGUGGAAAGCUUCUCCACGGGGACUAAAGCACGCAAGGAUGCUUCCUGUUAUCUUCAGCACUUCCCUUGUCUUCGUCCUAAGACUGAACAUAUAUAUAAACUGUACAUAAACUGCGGAGGAGAUGAAGUGAAAGUUGAUAAAGGAACAAGGUAUGAAGCUGACAGAGCUCCCAAAGGCGCUUCUAUGUUCUCUCUCGGCCCUGACGAUCACUGGGGGUUUAGCAGCACCGGGAUCUUCAUGGACAACGAUGAUGAUGCCGAUGAGUACACUGUGCGCAACAAAUCCAGACUAUCAGUUAACGAUUCGUCUCCCAUCUCUGAGAUCUACAGGACAGCUCGAAUCUCUCCUCUAUCGUUGACUUACUAUGGACUCUGUCUCGGAAACGGGAACUACACUGUCCAACUCCACUUUGCUGAGAUCGUCUUUACCGAUGACAAGACGUUUUACAGUCUCGGCAAACGUUUGUUCGAUGUUUAUGUUCAGGAUAAGUUAGUGAUCAAGAACUUCAAUAUUCAAGAAGCAGCUGGUGGAUCCGGUAAGCCAAUCAUCAAGAAGUUUACGGUGAAUGUAACAGACCAUAAUCUGAAGAUCGGUUUGAGAUGGGCUGGGAAAGGGACAACAGGGAUUCCGAUUAGAGGAGUUUAUGGUCCUAUGAUCUCAGCUAUAUCAGUGGAACCUAAUUUCAAACCUCCGGUGUAUCAUGACAGGAAAGAGAUCAUGCUAAAAGCAGGAGUACCUGUUGCAGCAGCAACACUUCUUUUACUGAUCAUAUUGGGUGUCUUUUGGAAGAAAAGGCGUGACAAAAAUGCUCUCGACAAAGAGCUAAGGGGUUUAGAUCUUCAAACUGGGACAUUCACUCUACGACAGAUCAAAGCAGCCACUGAUAAUUUCGAUGCAACAAUGAAGAUUGGUGAAGGUGGAUUUGGCUCUGUUUACAAGGGUGUAUUGUCAGAGGGAAAACUGAUUGCAGUUAAACAGUUGUCCGCAAAGUCAAGGCAAGGAAAUCGCGAGUUUGUGAAUGAAAUAGGAAUGAUCUCAGCUCUGCAACAUCCAAAUCUUGUGAAGCUAUACGGAUGUUGUGUUGAAGGAAACCAACUGAUAUUGGUUUAUGAGUAUUUGGAGAACAACUGUCUAUCUCGUGCACUGUUUGGGAAGGACGUGAGUGAAAGACUGAAACUAGACUGGUCAACAAGGAAGAAGAUUUUCUUGGGCAUAGCUAAAGGACUUACGUUUCUCCAUGAAGAAUCUAGGAUCAAGAUUGUGCACAGAGAUAUAAAGGCAAGCAACGUGUUACUCGAUAAGGAUCUCAACGCUAAAAUCUCUGACUUCGGUUUGGCAAAGCUGAAUGAUGACGGAAACACACACAUCAGUACCCGCAUUGCAGGAACUAUAGGUUAUAUGGCUCCUGAAUACGCCAUGCGUGGUUACUUGACUGAGAAGGCAGAUGUUUAUAGCUUUGGCGUCGUUGCCCUAGAAAUCGUAAGUGGGAAGAGUAACACAAACUUUAGGCCAAGCGAGGACUUCGUUUACCUUCUUGAUUGGGCUUAUGUGUUGCAAGAGAGAGGAAGCUUGCUAGAGUUGGUUGAUCCAACGUUAGGCUCGGAUUACUCAGAAGAAGAAGCGAUGCUGAUGCUGAACGUGGCGCUGAUGUGCACCAACGCGUCACCGACACUAAGGCCUACCAUGUCUCAAGUGGUGAGUCUCUUAGAGGGAAAGACAGCGAUGCAAGAGUUGCUGUCGGAUCCGAGCUUCUCAACGGUUAACCCAAAGCUUAAAGCCUUGAGGAACCAUUUUUGGCAGACGGAGCUGAGCAGAACGCUUAGCUUCUCCACGAGCGGACCUCGUACAGCCUCUGUUAACUCACAAGCUGAUGCUGAGGAGAAGUCUGGACUUUUGGAUUAA